AUGACACUUUAAAACAAAAUAAUGAAGCCACUUUGCAAAUACUUGAUCCUGAAGAGUUCCUGAAGCUGUUCACCUUUACCUACUGGAGGCAUGUGUCAUUCUCCAUUGUGGCCACACGGUGGCGAUCAAGGCCCCGCUUCACGAGCAAGAGAGGAUAUUUCCGUAAGACCCCGGAAGUUCCCCCGCUCCCCUUAACGCUUUUAGAUCUCGGUACAUUCCCCAGUCAAGAUGGCGACGAUUGCUGGUCUCCGAUCUUUACUGCUGCCGGGGCCCACGCGUCUCUGGGGAUUGUCGAACAAGUUCCUGCCCCGAAGGCCCAUAAAUUUUGGAGUGAACAGAUUAAGAAGUACACAAGCAGCUGCACAAGUAAUUUUGAAUGUUCCUGAGACAAGAGUAACAACUUUGGAAAAUGGACUCAGAGUAGCUUCUGAAGACUCUGGCCUCUCAACAUGCACAGUUGGACUUUGGAUUGAUGCUGGAAGUCGAUAUGAAAAUGAGAAGAAUAAUGGAACAGCUCAUUUUUUGGAACAUAUGGCUUUUAAGGGCACCAAAAAAAGAUCUCAAUUAGAUCUGGAGCUUGAGAUUGAGAACAUGGGUGCUCACCUCAAUGCUUACACAUCCAGAGAACAAACAGUGUAUUAUGCUAAGGCCUUCUCAAAAGAUUUGCCAAGAGCUGUGGAAAUUCUUGCUGAUAUAAUACAGAAUAGUACAUUGGGAGAAGCUGAGAUUGAACGGGAACGUGGAGUUAUCCUCCGAGAGAUGCAGGAAGUUGAAACCAAUUUACAAGAAGUCGUUUUUGAUUAUCUUCAUGCUACAGCCUACCAAAAUACUGCUCUUGGACGGACAAUUUUGGGACCAACAGAAAAUAUAAAAUCUAUAAACCGUAAAGAUUUGGUGGAAUACAUAACAACACAUUAUAAGGGUCCAAGGAUUGUUCUUGCUGCUGCUGGAGGAGUGUCUCAUGAUGAACUGCUUGAUUUAGCAAAAUUUCAUUUUGGUAAUUCUUUAUCAGCACAUGAAGGAAAAAUACCAGCUUUGCCUGCCUGCAAAUUUACAGGAAGUGAGAUUCGUGUGAGGGAUGACAAGAUGCCUUUGGCACAUAUUGCAAUUGCUGUUGAAGCAGUUGGUUGGUCUCAUCCAGACACAAUCUCUCUUAUGGUUGCAAAUACUCUGAUUGGCAACUGGGAUCGCUCUUUUGGAGGAGGAAUGAAUUUGUCUAGCAAGCUUGCCCAGAUCACUUGUCAUGGAAACCUCUGUCAUAGUUUCCAGUCCUUCAAUACUUCCUACACAGAUACAGGACUGUGGGGACUCUAUAUGGUUUGUGAGCCAGCUACUGUUGCAGACAUGAUACACUUUGUUCAAAGAGAAUGGAUACGACUCUGCACAAGUGUCUCUGAAAGUGAAGUUGCCCGAGCUAAGAAUCUUUUGAAAACGAAUAUGCUGCUGCAACUUGAUGGUUCUACUCCAAUCUGUGAAGAUAUUGGUCGGCAAAUGUUAUGUUAUAAUCGGAGAAUUCCCAUUCCUGAACUUGAAGCAAGAAUUGAUGCUGUUGAUGCUCAGAAUAUACGAGAUGUAUGCACAAAAUAUAUCUAUAAUAAACACCCUGCCAUAGCUGCUGUUGGUCCCAUUGAGCAACUACCAGAUUAUAACAAAAUCUGCAGUGGCAUGUAUUGGCUUCGAGAAUAAGAAGAUUUUAAUCAAAUGAUUUUGAAAAUGUUAUUUAUAAAACUGAGAAAUUCAAGCUGUUCAUCCAAAAAGAAAUCAAAAUGUUUUUGGAAUCUAGUUUGGAAAAUGUGAGGUGGUAUUUGUUUCAGGGUUUAAAAAAAUAAUUACAAAUAAGGAAACCCUUCCGACUCAAAAGACUUUGUUUUUUUUCAGUAAGCUAAAAACAGAUUCAAAACAUCAAAAGAAUUUUUUAUAAGUUUAAGAAUGAAAAUUUAUACAGUAUUUGCAGUUUUAUUAUAAAAACAAACAACAAAGAUUGUCAACUUUAGUCAUUUCUUGGCUCGACUAGCAUUCAUCACUUGUUCUUGAGCAGCCUUUUUUGCUUUUACCAUUUCGACGAGUUCCUAGGGAAAAAAAAGGUUAAUUAAAAGUUUAGCCUUUAAAAUUUUACUUCUAUUUAAGAAUUUUAGGGAGAUUUUGUUUACUAUUUUGUGGAAAAAUAUAGAAUAUAGUUUAUACUUUUUAUUGUUCAGGACCUCCAAAAAAGAUCAUUAGAAGAUAGAUCUGAGUUGGCAGAAGACCAUUUGCUGUUCAUGGAUAAAAUUAGUUUUGGUAUGUAGUACAAUUACACACAUUUUUCUGAUUAAAAUUCAAGAAAUAUUUAUAUAAAAUUUAUAUAAAAGCCACUUUCAUCUUAGGGCCACACUUAAAGCUAUUCCUCUUCAUACCACCAACCAAAGCUUAUACUGUGCUGGGAGAAGCUAGGAUUACUUUCUUACCAUGAGAGAAAAAUGGUUUCUGAAAGGUGACACUUUGACAUAAUGCUCUUCCUUAUAGUAUAAUCAGCCCCAAAAGUCUGUUGUGAGUGAGUUACUUUUCUACAAAUGAAUGACAUUUUCUUUGUAGUAACUUUUUGUUUUUAGUGCUCUGAAGCCUAAUCAACAAGAUAACUAUGCAAUUUAACUCAGAAUAAAGUUUGUGAAUUACUGAAUUACAUAUACAUAUGUAUACUGUACCUUA